AUGAAAGGCUCUCAGCCUGCCUCGUAUCUUGCGCAUCCUGCGAUCGUCCGCGAGAUACCCCUCUCUCCCAACGCGCACGUACCCUCCGAGGAGAAGUUGCAUACGCGUAGCACAACCCCUACCGAACACUCCCGACACUCCCUCUUCAAGCGCCCCAAACCCCCCUUCUCCCCCUCAAACGAGAAACACUCGAACGACUCCCAAGCCAAAUCCCCUACGACCUCUCCCUCCAAGAAGCGCGGCCUCCUCCACUCGCGCAGCCGCGGCCCCCCACCUGGGAGUCCCGCCUCCGCACAAGGCAACGGCGCAACGAUCGCCGCCGCACAAGGCAACGGCGCAACGAUCGCCGCCGCACAAGGCAACGGCGCGACGAUCGCCGCCGCACAAGGCAACGGCGCAACGAUCGCCUCCGCACAAGGCAACGGCGCAACGAUCGCCGCCGCACAAGGCAACGGCGCAACGAUCGCCGCCGCGGAAAAGGCGUCCGCGCACAGCGUGGGCAUGGACCUCAUCGCGAGCGUGGGCAUGGACCGCAUCGCGAGCGGCGUGCAGGCGGAGUUGGUGCUGGCGAUCUACGAGGUCGGCCAAUGCUUCUUCCACAGCUGGGGCGUGCCCAAGGACAUGAAGAUGGGCGUCCAGUACUACACGGUUGCGGCGCGCCUCGGGGACGCGGAUGCGCAGGCGGAUCUCGGCGACGCGGAUGCGCAGGCGGAUCUCGGGGACGCGGAUGCGCAGGCGGAUCUCGGAUUCUGCCUGGCAGAGGGGAAGGGGUGUAAGAAGGAUCGGUGGGCGGCAGUGAGGUGGUACCGGGCGGCGGUGAGUGACUCUACCUAUUUAUACCUGGCGAUGGCAUGGGAAGGGGAGAGCAUGGGAAGUGGGCAGGGGCUACGAGAGAGCUGGUUCGGUCGCGCAGGGCGCGAGUGGAUCUACAAGGAGAAGUAUCAAUGA